AUGAAAUCUGGAAUCAAUCCGGCUCAAAAUUUUGCUGAAUAUUCAUUGAAACCAGUUGAGACUUCUGGUAAUGGUAAUUCUAAUCGUUCAGAUACGAGAAGAAAAAGUUCGGUUCUUGCGGAUGUUUCUAGAACUUUUGCGAAAAUGUCAAAGGUAGGGGUUUUGAAAAAAGCUGUGAACACUUUGUUGAAAUUCUGAUAUCAUUUUUUUCAAAAUUCAAUUUAUCCAGUUUGUGUUCUUUGUUCAAUCUAUUGAAUUAUUUUUAUUCAAUUUUAUUAUCAAAAAUCAGAAAAACAAAAACAUCCAGAAAAAAAGAUCAAACUACAGCUCAAAAAAAGUUUGUCAGGUUUCUGCUGUCCAUCAUUCAAACCUUUUCCAGAAAAAGGUCAAUUUGUGUUUCUUUUUCUCUAAAAAAAAGUUCAAGUAUGACAAAUUUCUGAAAAUGAAAAAACACUCCAAAAAUUCCUUCCAAGAAAAGGGUCAGUUAAUAAAAUAAAGUAGUUUUUCUCCCAUUCGCCCCCUAAAAAAAGAACCAAAAAAAGUUCAAACAUGACAAUUUUCCCCGGGGAAAUGUAAAGUUAAGUUUUUUUUCUGGCCAGAAAAAAAUCAUUGAAUGUGAUGUGCUUUUUUUCUAGGAUGUUGGUCGAGCAUUGGGAGAAGAUCCACCGGAAAAACCAGAUCCAACCAGCGAUGAAAUUCAACAUUCAGUCAGACAUUUUUGUGAACAAACUACUUUUCAUGGUGUUAAUAUGGUAAUUAAUUAGAGCAAUUAGAAAAAAAACGUGAAAUUUUUCUGCAGAUUUAUAGCACAGGAAUCUAUUGGGUCAGAGGAUUGUGGAUUUCAGUUUGUUUGAUGUCUGUGGUAUUUUUAAUGAUCUCAUUUUCCCAAGUUUAUGCAAAAUAUUCAAGAAGAGAGAAAAUUGUGAAUGUUGAGGUUAGCCUAACUUAAAGCCUAAAACGUCAGAAAAUAUUAUCGAUUUUUUCAGCUGCAAUUUGAGGCUGCUCCAUUCCCAGCAAUCACAGUUUGCAAUUUGAACCCGUUCAAAAAUCAUUUAGCUCGAAGUGUACCAGAAAUAAGUGAAACGGUGAGCAGACUUUUUGAAUUUUUUUGCUAUGAAUUUUUGAUGUGACAGAUUUAUUUUUUGGAAAAAAAAACUUUUCUGAGAAAUUUCGUUUUCAGCUUGACGCAUUUCAUCAAGCUGUUAUGUUUAGUAAUGACGCACAAUUUGAUUCAGAGAGGAAUGAACGGGGAAAAAGAAGUUCAGAGGAUGGAAUUAAGCGUGAGUUAAUUAAAAGCGGUUGCAAGAGCUGAUGGGUUUUGAGAACAAGACCACACACGAAGCUUAGGAAUAUUUCUGCUUCCAUGAUCUUUUUUGAAUGAAAGAUAAUUUAUAUUUUGAAAGUUUCAAAAAUUCUGGAAAAUGUGAAAUAUUUUUUGAUGUAGCAGUCAAAUCAAAAAUCCAAUUGAAUUGAAAAAAAACCAUUUUUUUUCAGAAUCCUUCAAAUAUUUGCAAUAUGAGCCAGUUUACUCUGAUUGCACAUGUUUAGACAACAAAGAAGAAUGUAUAGGUAAUUUCCAAGUUACACAAAAACAAAUUUUCCUAAUCAAAUUACAAAUUUAGUGCAAUUAUCGGUUCCGAAAGAUUUGAAAUCUGCAUGUAUAUGUAAUUAUGAUCGACAAGACGGAACAGCGUGGCCUUGUUAUAGAGCAGAGUAUGUUUCAAUAACUCGAUUAAAAAUUAUGCAAAUUUUUUGCAGAGCUUGGAAAGAAUCAAUUUGCCCCGAAUGCAAUGAUAUUGGAUAUUGUAAUGUUCCAAAUACAACAGGAAUUGAUGACUCACCGUGUUACUGUCAAUCUAAUAAGGGUUACUGUAUUUUCAAGCCAGAAAAACGUUUGAGAAGAAUGUGGGAAUUUCGGGGAAAAAAGAUUCCGGAGAAGGGAAGCCCGUUGAGAAAAGAGUAUAUGGAACAAUUGUUGCAAUUGGGUUACGGUAACAUGACUGAUCAAGUGGCUAUUACUACACAGGCAAGAGAAAAGUGAGUGGAAUAUUUAUGUUUUUUUUUUGAAAAAAUAAAGGGUGCAUAUGUAAAUGAGACAGGCAAUUAAUCAGGUGUUUCAAAAUAUAUACAUUUUUCCCGAAAAAAAAAAUUUUCAGGAUGAUUCUCAAAAUGUCAGCAUUAGUGCCAGAACGAAGAGCAGCUUUGGGGUAUGGGAAAUCAGAGUUGAUCAAAAUGUGCUCAUUUAAUGGACAUCAAUGUAAUAUUGAGAAAGAGUUCAAGUAAGUUUGAGAAAAAAGUGGAUGAAAUAUACAAGAUUGGAAAGAAAUAUGCUGGAUGAACUUUGUUGGUUGAUCUGUUUUUUGGAACUAUUUUGAAAAUACCUCGGCAAAACCUAAAAGAAAUCUAAAGUUAUUUCAAAAUUCAUAUAUCCCAUUUUCAGACUACACAUCGAUGCAUCAUUCGGAAACUGCUACACUUUCAAUGCAAAUCCAAAACAAACAAUUCUGAGCAGCAGAGCUGGUCCAAGUUAUGGUCUCCGUCUAAUGUUAUUUGUAAAUUCCUCAGAUUAUUUGCCAACCACAGAAGCUACUGGUGUUCGAAUUGCUAUUCAUGGCCAACAAGAAUGCCCAUUCCCUGAUACUUUUGGAUAUUCAGCGCCAACUGGAGCAAUCUCAUCGUUUGGAAUUGGAUUGGUAGGGAUUUCUGAUUGUGAAUGUAAUUUCAGAACUAAAAACCAAAUUUUUCAGCGAGAAGUCAAUCGACUUACAAAAUAUGGAAAUUGCUAUGAACACGAGUUUCCUGGGCCAAGCAGUAUUUAUAGAGAAUAUAAAUAUGAGCCAGAGGUUUGUUUUUGUUUUUUAAUUUCUAAAAGUAAUUCAGAAUGAGAAAAAAAUAUUUCUAGGGUUGUCAUCGCUCAUGUUAUCAACAACAGAUUAUCAGAGCCUGUAAAUGCGCAGAUUCAAGGUUUCCAAAAGGCAGAAGCACUGUUCCAUAUUGUGAUAGCAGUGAUAAAGAGAUUUGUAAGAAUAUUUUCAUUUUCAAAGAAAUCUUCAACUUUUUUCUGAUUUUCAGUGGAAUGUAUGAUGCAGCAAGCAGCAAAGCUAUCAAAGAAACAUCAUAUUUGUAAAUGUAUGCAUCCCUGUCAUCAAAAUCAAUAUACAACAACAUAUUCAGCUGCAAAAUGGCCGAGUGGAAGUUUGAAAGCUCAAUGUCCAGAGAGUGUGACUACGAACUGUAAUCAAUAUUUGAGGUGAGUGGAUUUUUGGGAUUUUUUUUUUGAAUUUUUUAAAGGCUUGGAAGUUUGUUCUAGAAUUCUAGGAUCCCGAAAAAAAUCUGAAAGGACUGGAGGAUGUUCUGAAGUUUCUAGAACCUCGGAACUAAAUCUAGGAUGCCACGAAACUGUCACUAUAUAUUCAGAAGGCUGGGAGAGUUGUAAAAGGUUUUAUAGAAAAUCUGUAAUAUGUUUCUGGAAUUUCCCAAUUAUUCUAAAAAUCCUAGGAAAUUUUUCUGAAAUUUUCAGUAGGUUGAAACAUGUUUAAGAUGGCUUUGAAAGUUUUUCUAAUUGUUCAGAAGACAGCAAAGCUUCUUGAAAAAGGCCUAGGAUGUUUUUAUGAGAAGAAUAAAAGUCCCGAGACAAAAUCUUGAAUUUCUGAAUUUAAAAAUCUUCUAAAUUCCACCCCAAUUCUCAAACAAAAUACAAAUUUUCAGUGAACACGCUGCAAUGAUUGAAAUCUACUAUGAACAGAUGAAUUAUGAAAUAUUACGCGAAUACGAAUCCUAUUCAAUAUUCAAUCUGAUUUCUGAUAUGGGUGGCCAAGCUGGUUUAUUUUUAGGUGCAAGUAUAAUGAGUUGUGUCGAGUUUAUAUUCUUCAUAUUGCGAAUAAUCGGAGCAAUUUGUAAACCGAAUCGAAAACAAAAGGAGAAAUUGUUGAAAAGUGAUGAUGAUUUAGAAAAAAGUGCUCAAACUUGA